UGUUUCCGCAUGUUUGAGUGUUUUCCCCUACACAUUUAUAAACGCAGGUGCACGUCCAUUUAUACAAACACUUGUAUAUCCCUUGUUCACACGGUCGUGCACGCUGCAGUUUUUCCUCUCAGUGUAUCUGGAAGAUGGUUCCGAAUCAACUGGAUGGGAUUUUUAAUUUCCGAAGGCACGAGCUCCCCUGGCAUCCGCAAAUGUGACCCGCAAUUUAGAGAGGAAGAGGAGCGCAGACCACCUGUCCCGAGUGACGGUCAGGAGGGAGAUGGGGAAGGGCUGGGCCCCUCUCAGUGUCCCGGGUUCCCGGCAGAAGUCUCCAGGGCUGCGGGAGUCUGCAGACACGGAGUUUCCAUGCCAGAGGAGCCGGUCCACGAGGACAGGCAGUUCCAGCUCCGGGUAAGUGCGGCCCCAUCUCCUCUCCGUCCCCGGCGCCGCCAGCAGCAGCCCCGGAGAGAUUUCCCCUCCCCGCCGCCCGCGCUCUCUCUCCUCCUGCGCCCAGGCCGGUCUCCGGCUCCGGAUCCGGGCGGCGACGGUGCAGAUGGGAGCGCACAGAGACGGUCCUGGAGCCCGAUAAGGGUGGGAGAUGGAGGAGGCGGUUCAGAAAAGUUGUCAGGUCUCCAGCGCGGGCAGCGGCGGGAGCUGGAGCCGCGGGGGAGACGACUCGAGGGGACCCAGCCCGUCUGGCACAAACGGCCACGGGCGCGAGGGACUCGAUGAGCUGGGAGGACGCGGCCCCGGCAGGUGCGGCGCGCUGGGGCCGAUGCUUGGCGCCUUCCCCGGCACAGGACAUACUUUAUUCAGCUGGGUGCUGAAAAACAAUCUUGGAAAUUAGGAAACUGAAUGAGGCCUCGUUUCACACUCAGAAUGUGGGUUGCAAUAGUCACUUCCUCUGCUGCUGGGAAAGAAAGAAUUAUACUACCUUUUGAAUUUUGGAUUAAGGAGAGAGGUGUUGGCUUGUCAAACCACCAUGUAUUCCUCAAGACAUAUUUUUGUGGCUUUAUAAAAUUCAAUACAUAUUUCUAAAUUCAAAUAGAUUUUGUUGCAAUCUGGCCCUUGGACAAACUGAGGCCCUGGCAACUGAUGUUUAUGGCUUCCCAUAGAACCUUUCAGAUAAAAUUUACACAGCAUUUUACUGCAGCUAUUUCACAUAAAGCAAAGGAUUUUGCCAAAAACGGAAAGAAAAAAGAAACUGCAUUCUUAAAUUUUUGAUAAAUCAAAAGGUAUAAAAAUAUCUACCUAAACGAUAAAUGAGAUGAGAAACCCACCCGUGAUGGGAAGAAAGCCUAUUUCAGCUUUGCCUUUACUUCAAGUUCUUCUUACCAUAUUUGGAAUGCAAUCGGAAUUUUAAUCUUCCCCUGGAUUCCUCCUGGAUUUGGGGAGAAGAUGAAACCUGAAAAUCUCAAAUCUGCGUGUGUUCAGCCGUGUAUCUUCUGGAUACGGAAGGAUCACACUGCACAGAGUGCUACACUUGCAGGAGCCCUGCUUCUCAACCCCCCUCGCUUUAUGAAUGAAUUCACCAGAAAGUUGCAGAGAGUCAAGGGAUUGGAUUGUGGAUUGCAUUGGUGGUUUUCCUCAGUUUCCUCAUCUUCUCCACAAGUUUCUACAUAUCGAAUG